AUGUCGAGGCCCAGAUGUCAGCACGAUAUCCUUCCGCGUCUGAUUUGAACUUGGCACUCUAAGCCACCUUUGAAGACACAGGAAUCAAGUCGCGUAUAGAUACCAUUGAUUCCUCUUUGCCUCGGCGGAAAGUUCCCCAGGCUGUUUUUCAUCGAUACCUAUAGGUAAUCUUGCACUCGUCUACCAACACACGCUACGCUUCGAAUCUUAAGAAGGUCAAAUCAAAGUCAUUAUGUCGCGUAAGGAGCCAACCCCGAUGCGGGAUCUCGAACAAGGAAUGUACGUGGUCGACGAUUCGGUGCAGGAACCGAAAAUAGAUAUCGUCGUCGUUCCAGGCUUUGGCGCAGAUACCCUGAAUUGCUGGGCUUGGAAUCCAGAAAAGAGGAAUGUUGGUGACAGGGGAAAAACCAUGGAAGACGAUCAUGGGAGCUACGGCGAGACGCGGAUUCAAUUGGGUAACGAGCAAGUUAGGAUUAUCGGCCACGUUCAAGAGAGCUCGCAUCCUGCGCUACGCUUUCGCUUCAGCGUGGCAAGGCACCUACCAGAUUGAGAACUUUUUCGACAGCAUCGUCCGUGGGCUGCUCCUUUCGCUUCAAGCUAACCGAACCGAACCCGGCGAAAAGGGUCGACCAAUUAUCUUCAUUGGUCACAGCAUGGGGGGACUAGUAAUUGCCAAAGCAUUGACCGAGAUGGAUAGACUCCGGAAGGACUUCGGAGAACUCCUUCCCUGCGUCACGAGCUGCGUUUUCUUCGGGACCCCAUUUGUUGGCACUGGAAUGGCAUCAUUCUUCUUUGACGUGGUAGAGAUUAUGAGAAGACAUGCCCUGAAAGUCAGUGGAGCAUUCUGGAGUAUGAUGCGACCAGAGAGUGAAUCUCUCCAAACACUACGCCAUGAAGUCGCACACCUGGCCCAGCGUACUGAGCCCAAUAUUGAGCUUCGCUACGUCUUUGAACAACUGCAGUUCGACGAGAGGGAGAUGUUUCCAGACGUUUCCGGUGGCAACAUGUUCGAACGGAAGAUGGAUGGAUCAUUUCUGUCUUUCUUGGCUGGGCUAGACGAGACGACCUCAUUAGAGCUCCACAAACGACUCGAAGGCUACCUCGAGGUACGGUUUACCAAAAUCAAUACACUCUACAGGAUUGGUUACUGAUUAUAAACCAGAAUGACAAAGGGUUAUUCGUUAGCUGCGCGUCUGCAACCAUGGGC